AUGUUCGCGGACUUUACUACGCCGGAGAGCCUUUUUGAGGAAGGAAUUCCUUUCGCAGUGCCUGUCCUUGAUAAUGCUGAAGAAGACCUCGAAAUGGAGAAACUCGGUCGUAAAAACGAGUUAAUGCGAGAUAUAAACGGGCUUGAAAAUCACGACAAAAGGUACCUCUUCGCCUUUAAAUUGAAAGAACUUUGUCAGAACGUGGCCCAAACAUUCAGAUGGCAAUCAUCGAUGGAGCAGUUGGUUAAGAAUAAGGAGCAAUUUGCCUUCAAGGGAGCACGUGUUUCACCGCCUGUCAGAGCCGUAAAACUUCUGCCUGCUCGAGUUCUGCCUGCCCGAGUUGAGCCCAUCGAGGUGCCUAUCAAAGUAGAGCCUGUUCAAGUGGAGGCCUUCGUAGAAAAGUCAACCAUGAGAGCACCAACAACGACCCAAAGCAACAACUAUGUCGAAGGAUCAGUACAGAAAAAAUUGGAACAGCUUAAGCGCAAAUAUCCAAGCAGAUACGCGCAAUAUCUUAUCGAUAAAGAAGAAGGUUUCGCCAUGCAUUCGCCGUCCACAUUGCCAACAAUAUGUUUCCCGGAAAACGAAUCGCCUUUUCGGAUGAUCACAUGUUUUCAAGGAAGAUCGAUGGAGCAGACAUACGAAGACAUCAGCAAAGGAAGCUCAAGGUAA